AUGCGGAAUUCCAAAGUUCAACCUAUUAAAUUAUCGAACCAUUCUAAUGCAAAUUCUUCUAUCGACACCUCCCUUCAACUCCAAGUGACACCAAACUUGCAGCUUGGUCAUGGAUCAUGGUCUCUUCGUGGUCGCGAAUUUUGGUAUGCAAGGCGAGCAUUUCUGAAUAGUUACCAUUUCAAUUUGGAAAGAGAGAAUGUUGGUUUCAAGGAGAAGCUGAAAAGGUCAGUGAGGGAGGUCAAUGAAGCUGCCAUGAACAUUGUUUUGGAUAUGCAUAGAGGGGUGCAGAAGAGAAGGCUUGGGAUUAGGGCUUAUAGAGUCACAGUGUCUUUGCCAUCUAUGUUUCUUGUUACCAUGAGAUGUUUUAUGCCAUGGUUUAAUAAAAAGGAGAUUAUGUAA